AUGGGAGAGGUGUGGGCAUGGCUGCUAUUUUUCUUCAUUCUCAUUGGUAUUCUAGUCAUGCUAGUUUUCCAGCUCGUGUGCUUGGCAGAUCUAGAAUUUGAUUACAUCAAUCCUUAUGACUCCUCAUCCCGGAUAAACAAAACGGUUUUACCUGAGUUCAUCACUCAAGGAGUUUUAUGCUUCCUUUUCCUCAUGACAGGGCACUGGGUUAUGUCCCUUCUCUGCAUUCCGUACUUAUAUUACAAUGUGAGAUUGUACAUGCAAAGACAGCACCUCGUAGAUGUAACCGAGAUCUUUAACUUGCUCAGUUGGGAAAAGAAACAACGGAUUAUCAAACUUGGUUACAUUGUAUUACUUCUCUUCAUAUCCUUGUUCUGGAUGAUUUACAAUGCACUUGAAGACGACGAUGAGUUACAAUAG